CAAGCGCUACACGACUACUAGCAGAAACCAGGAAAUCAUGUUCGCUCAAAACGCUCUGAAAUCUGAAGAGUACAAGCGAGCCGAGAUGAUUAUGAAGCGCGGGACGGCUAGGGAUAGCGUAAUCCACCGUGCGACGAGCAUCGUUAAUCUAGCGGAUCAACAGCUUAACAUUGCGCGCCGUCCGUCUCUGUAUCCCGAGUUUCGUGGCCCGGAAUCGGCUGAGCAGUAUGAGAUGAUUGAGUGGCGUAAGAGGGGGAACAAGGGACUUGGUUUGAAUGAUGACCUUUAUAGUAACUAAUGGAUUGCAGGGUUGUGAUACAGUUGAUGAGAGAAUAGACGAUAGUACAUACGUGAGUUCUUUGUUAGUUUCUGGUGAUUUAU